GUCAUAUGACCCAUUCUAUCGAGUCCACAAAGCUUGAGCCAUAUUUGUCUGUGCAAAAGUAGUUCCGUGGAGUGAGUGUGUGCAGAUAGUCAUCACAGUUUUUGGGACCUGAAAAUACUCUCACACUACACCUCAAAAUGUCUGCUGAGAACCCGAUCUAUGGACCCUUCUUUGGAGUUAUGGGGGCAGCGUCUGCUAUCAUCUUUAGCGCGCUGGGAGCGGCCUAUGGCACGGCCAAGUCAGGCACAGGUAUUGCCGCCAUGUCGGUAAUGCGGCCUGAGCUGAUCAUGAAGUCCAUCAUCCCUGUCGUCAUGGCGGGUAUUAUAGCCAUCUAUGGACUGGUAGUGGCUGUACUGAUUGCUGGAGCGUUAGAAUCCCCAUCCUCCUACACCCUAUACAAAGGGUUCAUCCACCUGGGUGCUGGAUUGGCUGUCGGUUUCUCGGGUUUGGCGGCCGGCUUCGCCAUAGGUAUCGUGGGUGACGCCGGUGUCCGCGGUACCGCCCAACAGCCCAGAUUAUUCGUCGGAAUGAUUUUGAUCCUCAUUUUCGCCGAGGUGUUGGGUCUAUACGGUCUCAUCGUUGCUAUCUAUCUUUACACGAAACAGUAAAUCUGCACUACACUUCUCCCGUCGCCUGUGCUCCGAGCUUCUAUGCCACUGAAUCUGCUCAGUCGAGUCGCGCACAGGGAGUUGUCCCCGGUAGCGAAAAAGAAAAACACCGCAUAGGGUCUCGGAGCACCUUACCAUCGUAUAUAUAAUAGCUUGUUGAGUAUUAAAACGCCAGUUAUUUAUAUAUUUGGCCGUAUGGCUCCGGCCCGGCGCGGUCUUGAUGCUGCGGCCGCAUCGCGCCCUGAGCCUCGGUCUCUUAAACUUUUUUUCUAUAACAAUUUUAUAAGAAUAAUCACGACUUCCAAUCAUGAUUUCACCGCUACCGGGCGAUGACAGUGUAAUUUAUAUUUUAAUUUAUUUCUGCCAUUUUUAUUUUCGGUGACAGGAGAACAUUGCUGCCCUUAACAUAUCAGUUUUGUUGCGCGUUCACAUCCCCUCGCAAAAGAUUUUUCAUAACAUCUGAUGAUAUCACUUUUAGAUUAUUUUAGCAUUAAGGCGAAACUAAUGUACAGUUAGAGUAGAAAUUUAAGUCAAAACAAGUUAUCUUAAAUAAUUUAUGAACCGUUAAUCCCCCACGGUACUGUGUACUGUUUUUGCUGAGUAUGUGAAGAUUAAACCUGGCUUAAGGACUACUUGCUAUCUAGCUUUCAGUGUUAUAAUGGACGUAUGUAAUUACUUGUAUUAUUACGAGCCUGUAAAUGUUACACUAUUCUCCCUGAGUGACAUACUAGGAAAGCGAGUCACAAACAUUGUAUUGCCAGGAAUCAGUAAAUAAACAUGAUUUGUACAUUCCAUAUUAUUUUGUUUCUACUUAA